GAACGGCUUAGAAAGAUGUACAGACCAUAAAAAAUCCUCCACUGGGAAAGAAAAUGCAUAGAAAACGACACAAGUAAGGAAAAGCCCAAGACAACCCGCCUUCAUUGCAAACCUUUCAUACAAGUAAAAGCCCAACAAAACCCUUUCUUUUUGGCUGCUCCAUCCCACUUCUCUUUGCUUCCCAAGUUGCUUCAAUCUUUUUGAGGUGUGUGAGGGUGACAAUGGCGGACGAGGUGGUUCUGCUUGAUUUCUGGCCCAGCAUGUUUGGGAUGAGGGUCAGGGUCGCGCUGGCUGAGAAGGGGAUCAAGUACGAGUCUAAGGAGGACGAUUUGUGGAACAAGAGCGAUCUGCUUCUCAAGAUGAACCCGGUUCACAAGAAGAUCCCGGUUCUCAUCCACAAUGGGAAGCCGGUCUGUGAGUCCCUCAUCAUCGUUCAGUACAUAGACGAAGUCUGGAACGACAAGUCUCCGUUGCUUCCCUCCGAUCCUUACCACAGAGCUCACGCCAAGUUCUGGGCUGAUUUUGUUGAUCAGAAGGUGUAUGGUCCUGCAAGGAAGUUAUGGGCCAUCAAUGGAGAAGAGCAGGAGGCAGCAAAGAAGGAUUUUUUGGAAAUAUAUAAGACAUUGGAGAGAGAGCUUGGUGACAAGCCUUACUUUGGGGGUGAAAAAUUUGGGCUUGUCGACAUUGCCCUCAUCACCUUCUACAGCUGGUUCUAUGUGUAUGAGACUUUUGGCAAAUUCAACAUGGAGACAGAGUGCCCCAAGAUUAUUGCAUGGGCUAAGAGGUGCAUGCAAAAGGAGAGUGUUGCCAAGUCUCUUCCUGACCAGAAGAAGAUUUAUGAGUCUGUCUUGGAUUUGAGGAAGAUAAGGGGUUUGGAAUAGAGUAAGGUUUAUGGUCCUCAUGUUUAUCCUUUAGGAUUGUUUGGUCUGUGUCCUGAGCGUUUUGUCAGAAGAGCAUGUAUUGUGUAUCUGCUAAAUGUUAGAUGAAAUGGUGCCUUUCUAUUAUAGGAAUAAGAAAGACACUUUGUUGUGUCUGCUAAAUGUUUGAUGAAAUUGUUCCUUUCUAUUAAAGGAAUAAGAAAGAAACUUGGUUGUCUGCUAAAUUUUAGAUGAAAAUGAAGUUGUGCCUUUCUACGAGAA